AUGGCGCUUAUCAUUGCACCUUUACGGACACGAUUGACGGUGGGUGUUUGUGCGUUCAUGGCACUAUGGGGAUUUGCGCUCUCCAUCACUCGGUACUCUAUUCCGGAGGAAAUGGAAGAGGGCUCCUUUGUUGCCAAUCUGGCCACAGAUUUGAGUCUGGAUGUUCGCAGUUUGGUGGAGCGGAGAGCAAAGCUCGAUGUCAUUCAAAGCAAAAAUUACCUUGAUAUCAACAAAGACACCGGAGAGCUGGUAAUCCGCGAGAAGAUUGACCGGGAGAACGUAUGCAUGACUAAAGCAACCUCGUGUUUUCUGAAAAUGGAUGUCAUACUUGAAAACCCCAUUCGCAUUUUUAACAUCGAACUAGAGAUCAUGGACAUCAACGACAAUGCGCCUGUGUUUCGCAGGAGGACAAUGCACUUGGACAUUUCGGAAGCAACCCCUCCCGGUGAGAGAUUCUCAUUGACAAACGCCGUGGAUGCGGAUGUGGGGGCGAAUUCAAUCAAGACCUACUAUCUCAGCGAAAGCAAGUACUUCAACAUUGAUAUACAAACUGGCAGCGAUGGGUCCAAAUAUGUUGAUUUAGUGCUCAGUGGUAAUUUGGACAGAGAGGAGCAUGCAGUUCAUAAUUUGAUUUUAACAGCUGUGGAUGGAGGGGUCCCUCCCCGCUCCGGCACAGCCAGCAUAAUCAUUAAUGUCUUGGAUAUCAAUGACAACGCCCCCCUUUUCAGUCAGCCGGUAUUUGAAGUCAACGUCCCAGAGAACUCCGCUGCAGGAACAGUGGUCAUGACCUUAAACGCAACAGACUUGGACGAAGGCACAAACGCCCAGUUAUUAUAUUCGUACACACUUUACACCUCUGAGAAGACUCAAGAGCUUUUCUCACUUGACCCAAACUCAGGUGAGAUCAAGGUGAAAGGGGUGAUAGAUUAUGAAGAGAGUCAGAGUUUUGAGAUGCACAUACAGGCUCAGGACAGAGGGGCCAACCCGCUGUCAGGACUCUGCAAAGUCAUGGUGUUCAUCACAGAUCUAAACGAUAACUACCCUGAAGUGACCAUCAAGUCUAUGAAAAGUUCAGUGGUUGAGAAUGUGGCUGUAGGGACAUUGAUUGCUGUGGUCAGUGUCAGUGACAGGGACUCUGGAGUCAAUGGGAAAGUGGAACUCACCUUGAGUCAGCAGGAGACCUUACCAUUCCUCCUGAACAAAUCCUCAGAGGGUUACUUUGAGCUGCUGGUUUCAAAGCCACUUGACAGAGAAAUAGUAAACAAAUAUGACAUCAUACUGAAGGUGAAAGACAGAGGUUCGCCGCCCUUAACUGAAACCGAGACUAUCACUUUAGAGAUUCUGGAUAUCAAUGACAAUGCACCCAUGUUCUCCAAAUCCUUCUACACCAUCCAUGUUGUAGAGAAUAAUCUACCAGGGGCGUUAUUGACAUCUUUAAGUGCGUUUGACCCAGAUCUCAAUGAGAAUCAGUACUUGGUUUAUUUCAUAAUGGAGAAGGAGAUUGUUAAUACUUCUAUGUCAAUGCUGUUCUCCAUCAAUCCGGAGAACGGUGAUCUUUAUGCCCUCAAGACCUUUGACUAUGAGAGAGAGAGGGAUUUCCUUUUCCAUAUUGAGGCUAGAGACUCUGGUGUUCCCCCACUGAGCAGCAAUGUGACAGUACACAUCAUCAUUCUGGACCAAAAUGACAAUACUCCUCAGAUCGUUUCACCUUGGCGGGCGCAAGGCUCUGUCAUUGAGGAGGUGAUACCAAGGUCCACAGAUAAGGGACACUUAGUGGCCAAAGUGAUCGCCAUCGAUGCAGACUCAGAGCAGAACGCCAGGGUUACAUACCAGCUCCUGCAAAUUACUGAUGCAUCCCUCUUCAGCCUGGAUCAGUACAACGGAGAAAUUCGGACAACAAGAAUGUUCAGUUACAGAGACCCUCGACACCAGCGGCUGGUGAUUGUUGCCAAAGACAAUGGUAACCCUGCUCUCUCUGCCACUGUCACCAUCAAGAUAUCAACAGUAGAACACGUGAUGUCCUUUUCAGAGACCACAGAGUUGCCACUAGAGUAUGACGUCUUCACUGACCUUAACCUGUAUUUAGUUAUUGGUUUAGGAGCUGUGUCGUUUCUGCUCCUCAUUACCAUCUUGGUUAUUAUUGUGCUGAAGUGUCAAAAACCAAAACCAAAGGCCAUCAAGAUUCCCCCGCCCAAUAGGAACAGCGUGAUCAGCAGGAACAGUGUAAUCAGCCAGAGAAGCUCCACCAUCGCAGAUUCAACUCUGAUCUCUAGUGAUGCCUACUGGUACAGUUUGUUCCUUGCAGAGACCAGGAAAGGCAAAGUGGUUGUGAGACAGCCGAUAAUCCCCAAAGGAGCUGGGUAUUUUGUUUCCAGUAUACCCAGAAGCAUAGGGCCAAGUGAGACCACAGACUCCAGAGCAUCCACACUGGAGUACUCAAAAUGAAAGGAAGUCCAUUCUACAACUGGAGCAGGUACCCAGAA